AUGAUUCCUUCACCUGUCCAGGAAAUGUUGAUAGCUCGAGCUCUGCCUAUCAUGAGAGUUUAUAUUAAACCAGGUAGACAACGAGGUUACUCAGGCCAUUGUGUUAACUUGCCACAAAAUGUAAAAGUACUUGCAACAUCCUUGCCAAGAUAUCCGAAAGAAUUAUCUGUGAUUAUUGUUAAGGUGAAAGGUAGAGAUAAUACUUUUAGAGAUGUUGCUGUGAGACGAGAAAAAGUACACAAUGCCUUAUUAUGGCUAGUGCAAAAUAACCCUCAUUAUUCUGAGUUAGAAAUUAAUGAAGAUGCAUUAAACUCUUUGCCUGAAAAUGGCAUUCCAGCAGAUCUCAUGACAGUUGAGACUGAAAAUGAAAUAAUCUCAAAUGAUGAUGUCAUGCCAGAUUUGGGCCCUCCCACUGAUAACCUUUCUGAAGAUAUAGUUUAUAAUGACUCUACAGAUAUGAAUAGUUUCUUGCCUGUUGGUGACCAGCAAGAACGAGAAAUAGAAGCA